AGGUAACAGGGACCGUGUACAGGGGACGAAGUCAGUACAGUCUCGAGCCUCGCGUCGAUCACAACGGAUUUUAUUAUUUCUCGACUCUCUCCAUGCUCGACUGCCUCUUUCCAGAAUAACGAACCGCCGGCAGGUGUGUGGUGCAGUGGCGAUAAUAAAACACGUGAAAAUAAUCUUUUUGGCUAGAGGAACGUGGAAACGUUUUAUUCGAAAGAAAUCGAUCUAUUCCGCAAAAAUUAAUACCGUGGAAUCAAUGAUAAUAAAAUAAUUAUUAAAGAUAUCCGUUUAACCAGAAGUAAAUUUGAGGAGAGAAUAUAAUAACUCUAUCUCGCGAUAAAAAAUAUCUAAAUGACAGGAAUCGGUUGCGUCAAUCAUAUUAAUCUCACAAGAGUACGAUGAUGAUUGUUUUAUCUCUAUGACGAGCACGAGAUGAAUCUUAGAGAUUUUAGAAUCUCGUAAAUGAUCGAGAAGAAUUAUUAUCGAAGUAUCAUCCACAUUUUGGGGAUGUCGACUUGCGCGAGAUGGACUUUAUGGCCGGCAAGAACGCGUUUUCGACGCUAUCUGACGAGUAUCGCGUGCUACCGGAAGUGUUGAUGAUGAACGAGCCGGAUCCACGAGGUAGAUCGAACUGGUGAUUUCAAAACGAAUUCCGGUGCUUCUUGAAAAGUGAUAUUUUUGACUUUUCAUUUAUCGUUUCCCUUUCUCGUUUACGUUUGACUCGUUCUUUCGUAAGAACAGUGAAAAAGAUUUAUUUUUGUCCUUAUUUUUGUCGAAAUCAUAAAAAAAGAUCGGAUAUCUCGGCAUCGUCUCGAUAAUUGAACAAUUUUUUGGUAGAAGACGGGUGAUCAGACAGCCAUGGACUGGCGGGGAGUCGCAUUGGCAUUUUUAUCGAUCACAAUAGCGAGGCACAGCACCACACGCGCGGCCCAAAUACCCCAGCAACCGCCUACGUCGACCGUUGGGAUAGCGAGCACUGUGCAGAUCGAGUGUGCGAGUGAGUCGAUAAUCGUGCACAUCUCGACCGAGGGAAAAACGGAUUUCCAUGGUCUGGUGUAUCCUAGAGGGUUGUCGAAGAACAGCUCUUGCCUGCAAGAGUACAGAAGCCAACCCACCCCUAUAACUUACAACCUGCCCCUCAGGUCUUGCAACACCAUGCCCACGCAAUUGGACGACGGAGGUAUCGAGUACUUCAACACGAUAGUUGUCCAGCCGCACCUGAAGCUGGUCACGAAUCAGGGCAGGGGUUUCCACGUGAGAUGCCGAUAUCAAACGAGGGACAAAGUGGUAACGAACGAUCAAACCCACGUGGCCAUGCUGCAAUCCCUACCGCUCCAGGCAACGGCUCCCAUGCCGGGAUGCACGAUGAAGAUCUUCAGCGGGGAUCCGACGAGGCAUCAAGUGGCGGAAAACGUGAAGAUCGGGGAUCCUUUGACCUUGGUCAUUAACAUCGACAAACAGGAAAUGUUCGGCCUCAAGAUAUCCGACUGCCUGGUGCGCGACGGGUUGGGAUGGGGCGAGCAGAGGCUCAUAAACGACCAAGGAUGCCCGGUCGACGGUGAAAUCAUGGGAGAAUUCACGUACAACGAGGAUAAAACCGAGGCAAAGGUCGAUUUCCAGGCGCACAAGUUCCCUUAUACAGCGAGCGUUUACUAUCAAUGCAACGUCAGAUUAUGCGUGAAACACGAUGGAGGAUGCAGCAACACGCCACCUGCGUGUAAUUCGAUAUCCAGACGACGCAGGGACACUGUCAACGACGAUACGGUGAAAGGCGUGGAGGGGUUGGACGGAGGGACGCCGGCUACUAUCGAGGUUUACAGCGGUUUGUACGUGAACGAAGCGUCAGACGUUGCUUCCAAGUCGGACUUCACCGACGACGUGUUCAGAGAAAGGACCGUCGACGAUCCGAACAGCUUUUGCAUAUCGCAAAGGAGCUUCGCCAUCGGCAUCGCGAUCGCGGGUCUGAUCCUCAUGCUGGCGGUGGUUGCGGCCAUUUUGGUACUGUUGACGAAGAGACGGCACAAGACCGUAUCGACGACGGGCUCGUCCAUUUACAGCGGACCUUACACGAACACGGCGUACAGUCACAGCAGUUAAGCUGCUCGAGCAAAAAAGCGUGGGGAGAGGAUAUCGAAUAGUCCGAAAAAAACUGUAACCGCGCUAUUUUGUAGCGAGGCGAUCGAAUGGACACACGAAUGGUCUAUUAUUAAAGAAAAUUUGACCAAUAAUAUAAUCGGUUCUCUACGUUACACGACCUCGGUGUGUACAACGAGAUGUACGAAGAAUUUAGGUGGAAUUUACAAGAGAUUUUUGCUCAAACUGCCUUUUGCUAAUUAUCGCUUCUUCGAGAAGAUAGCUGAGAACACGAUAGGUCUGAAUACGUGAUUUCCAAUUCGUCGAUCCAUUGUUAUCAAUUUAUUCUAGAGAUCUUGCCAUCCUUUCUUUCAUACAACUCGUUCAACGAUUGUUUAAACUUUCGAAUUUACCUCUCUAUUUAUCGUGAACUUGUUGUGUUCUGUUAGAAGCACGUGUUGGGACCUAAAAUAAGUUUUAGAGAAAUCCAAGCCUAGCCCGAAAAAAAUUGAAACGAAGCGACACGAAUCCUUAGGAUUAACUUUAAUAUAUAUAUAUAUAUUAUAUUAUUAUUAUAUUAUAUAUUAUAUAAAUAUUGUAUACUAGUCCGGUAUACGCUGUCCUAGCUAACAUAGCAGCCGCACUAAAACAGAAGGCGCACAUCACGCGAAAAUAUUCUCUCUGUCUUCGUUGCUCUUCUACUAAUUUAACUUUAAUCACCAGCGCAGAACGACUCACUCUAGCGUUCGAAGUGAAGUCGACAGAGACACCUUUUAAACGAAUCAAACGGCCCAAUGAUUUUUACCGUCCUUCUUUUCCCUCUCCCAACUUCCGUGAACAAAUAUCGACAUAUUUCCUAUGUCGCGUUUACGAUGAAUCUUUUCCAACUAUUUAUAUAGUCACCGUCUUCUUUUCCUUUCUCCUUUUUUUUUUCUUUAAACAAAUUUUAUAGACAAA